UCAAUCUGAAACCACUUUUAUUAUCAACGAACAAAUAAUAAUAUACAUCCAAUGAUUUUUUUUUAAAAAAUAAUUCAUUAAUAUAAAGUUGAAGUUGUGCAAAACAGUGUCUUUAACAUCUUAUCGCCUUGAAUGUGAAAAACAAACACUAGCAAUAAUUUUUUUUAUAAAUAUAAAAUUAAAUAAAACUUAACUGGAUGCCUUACACUGAUCGAAGUGAUAAUUUUCGGAAAAUAAUUUGUAAAAUUUAAAAAUUGAUAAAAAAAAUAAUUCACAACAAUUAAAGAGCCUCAAAAGUUCAGUGAUUUUUAACUGGUAAAAAUCACUAGAUAAUUAAAUAAAUAAAUAAAGUGUUCGAAGCUGUACUGAACAUGUUUAUGGAAUCGGAAAAUUAGCUGGAUGAAAUCUAUAUUUUGCGACAUUUAAUUUUCGAAACGUAAUGAGUAAACAACGACUUUCGACCGCAUCUGAGUCAUCCGAAUCAGCGGUGGAUGCAAUGGAAAUUGAUGACAAACAUGAGGGUGUAAACGAUGAAACGACGACAAAAUCAUCGAGCAGUGGCAGAGAAGCAACAACAAUGAAAAAAUACGAACAAGAAGCAACUGUAAGCGAUCGAGAAACGCGACGCACAUCGCAUGAUCGCCGAAAGAGCCGAGGUCAUAACAGUGAAACCGACUGUAAUGAUGCCGAUAUCGAGGAAAAUGAAGCACAUAACGAUUCAUCAACAAAUGCAAUUGUACGACGAGAGAAUCUACGCCAAUUGGAAAAUAGCAUGAUUUCGUUGCGAAAAAGUUUUCGAUUCGCUGCAAACAAUAAUGAGCGUGUAUCCAAUAACAACAACAACAAUAAUAACAAUAACAAAACCAAUAAUAAUAAUAAAACAAACAACCAUAAACGCUCACAACGAAUUGGGAGCAAUGAAAACAGCGAUGGCAGCAAUGAAAAUGUUAAAACGACACAGUAUAGUUGCCCGAUCUGCGGUGUUUGCUCAGCCACACAGCAUGACUUCACCGAACACAUACGCGGUCACAACAAUUCGGAUGGAAGCCAUAAUUAUACAUGCCAGAUCUGCUUUAAGGUAGUAUCGUCGGCAUCGUCUCUUGAUCGUCAUGUUUUGGUGCAUACAGGCGAAAGGCCAUUCACGUGCAAAUAUUGCCACGUGACAUUCACAACUAAUGGCAAUAUGCAUCGUCAUAUGCGUACGCACAAACAUCGAGAUGGUUUGACUAAUAAAGGUGCAGCAGCAGCAGCAGCUUCCGCCAUUACAACAAAUAAUAACAACAACAGCAAUAGCAGCAGUGGCGGUGGCCACAACGACCCAAAUACAAACGAAACGACAACAACGACAAGAAAAUCAUCGCAUCGACGCACCGGUGGUGAAAUAUACGAGAGUGAUGGAUCAACGGAUUCAAUGGCCAGUGGCUCUGGUACAGAUGGAAAACGAAAGAAUAAUCAUCAUCAUCAUGACGAUGACAGUUAUACAUCGUCGAUUGGCAUGAAACGACGUCUCAAAACGAUCAACAAUAAUAAUAAUUUAAUCAAUAACAAUUCGAUUAAUGUUAAUAGCAAUGUUCAGCCUCAACGAUUCUGUUGCCCAGUUUGUGUGCGCAACGAUUUCUUAACGAUGAUUAGCUUAGAAAAUCAUGUCGAUACAGAGCAUCCAAGCAUUCAAGCCAAGUGCCGUUGCUGUGAAGUCGUUUUCAAAAGUUACAAAGCACUCAAUGCACACAAAUGCACGGCCGGCAAUGGCAAUAAAGCACACAUUACACAAGGCUUCAAGGAUCUCACAUUCGUUGAUUUUUCGAGCGAAAAAUUUCCAUUGAUUGCAAAAGUUGCAUGCGAAAAGAGUAUGCGUACUCCGGUCACCAAUCAAAAAUACGAAUGUCCACAAUGCUAUCGCGCUUUUCCAUGUUCGAGUGCGGUUGAAAUUCAUGCAUUGAAAUGCGGUGCAAAUGAUUUGAAACACAAUAUAUCGUUGCGCAAACGAGCUUUGUCAGAAACAUCGGACGAAACUGAUACACGUCGUCGCGACGACUUUUUCGCGCAUUUGGAUUUGAAGAAUAAAAACGACGAUUUGAACGAUUCAUUUCAAUCGACUGGAUACAAUUCCGAUACGGAUGUUAUUGAACACAAGAAAUCACGCAUUUCUCGUGAUGAUUGGUAUACAAAAGCAUCGAACGGUGAAUUCAAAGAUUUGGCUGAUAUUCAAUCAAUGAUAAAUGUUAGCUCAUCGGGCAGUGAAUUGCUACGUCAACUUGAUCAACCGAUGACUUCGAUCGCAUCUUCAUCAAACGAACAACUUUAUUCACGCGACGAUGAAGAACAACAAGAUGCAUUCACAGCCGAAUUCCGAAAGAUGAAAUUACGUGGCGAAUUUCCAUGCAAACUGUGCACAGCAAUCUUUCCGAAUUUACGUGCAUUAAAAGGUCACAAUCGUAUUCAUUUAACGGCAGCUGGUUCGGGACCAUUUUACUGCAAUAUGUGUCCGUAUUCAAUUCAUGACAAAGCCGCGCUGAUUCGUCACAUGCGCACACACAACGGUGAUCGACCGUACGAAUGUGCCAUUUGCAAUUAUGCAUUCACCACAAAAGCAAAUUGUGAACGUCAUUUACGUAAUCGCCAUGGAAAGAGUACACGCGACGAAGUAAAACGCGCCAUUAUCUAUCAUCCGUCCGAAGAUUCGAGCUGUGACGAUCCAGUGAAAAAGAUGCAAAUUUUCAAUAUGUCAUUCGAAGAAGAUGAUUUACCGCCAAAAGAUCGUUCAACACCCGUGUCACUUAUCAAAGAAUCACCGAAUUCAAGUGCCGAAAAAGUGGCGAAAAUUCAAGUGAAAAGCAUCGAUCAACUAACUCAAUUCAAGAACCAGGUGGCUGAAAUGAAUGAACAUGAUGCGAAACCAUUAAAAAUGAACGUCGACACAAAACCGAUGGAUUUGUCAAUGGACGCAUUGGAUUUGAGCAAAAAGAAUGCCAACGAUUUGCUAUCAACACCAGAUCUAUCAUUAUUUGAAAAAAAUCAACAAUUAUUCUUGGCACAACAAAAGUUGCUCAGCGAAGCAUUGCCACAAAUUGAUCCCGCUCAUUAUUUCCAGUUGUCACAAUUGUAUCGUAAUUUAGUAUUUCCAACGACUGGACUUCCGUUGCAUCCGUUCUUUUUACAAAAUCAAUUAUUGGCACAGUUGCCGACACCGAAUUUUGCCGAAUUGAAAAAUCUCAUGAAAAAUGAUGUACUAUCAACACCAACCAAUAACAUAUAUCAUCCAAACAGUAUGUUUAUCAAUCCAAUAUUUCCAACACCGCCAAAUAUGCCUCAAGCCAAUUUUCCAACAUCGACACUAUUACAAGAAGCAUUGAAGCAAGAGACAUCGCCGCCAUCACAACGAAGCGCCACACCACCAACCGUUCAAUUACCACUUACACCGCAAACGCCACGCUCUUCCAGAGGUGUCGGUCAAUUGCCACAACAAAAACCACAACAUGUACGCAUUUCAAGUCCGGGACCGGUAAAAAUGGUCAUUAAAAAUGGUGUUUUGAUGCCCAAACAAAAACAACGUCGCUAUCGCACCGAACGACCAUUUGCAUGUGAUCAUUGUUCGGCACGAUUCACAUUGAGAUCAAACAUGGAACGUCAUAUCAAGCAACAGCAUCCACAAUUUUGGGCUCAACGUCAACGCAGCGGACACAAUUUCAUUCGUCGCGGUAGCAGUGCCAGCCUUACGCCAUCAUCAUCAUCGUUACAAAAUCAGGAAUUGGCAAGUGCCGCCGCAAAUUUGAUGGAUAAUAAAAAUGCAUUCAAUGCUAUUUCGGAUCAAGUAAAAUUCGCCAUACUUGCUCAACAGCUUAAGAGCCGUUCGAAUAAAAGUUUCGAUUCUAUUGAAGAUCAGGAUGAAAAUGAUGAAGAUGGUGAAAAUUAUAAGGAUGACAUUGAUGAACCGAAACUUUUUAUCGACGAGGAUGAUGAUGAAGAUGAUGACGAUGAGUCGGAGCCAAAAGAUUUAUCACACAAAAAUGUUGUGAAACGAUCACUAUCACCACCGCUUGAUAACAAUGCAACAGCAAAGAAAAUCGCAAAAAAUAUUUUAUUGGAAGCAAUGAGUGCCGAAUCAAAAAACGUUGAGAAAAGUGAAACGCGCACGAAGGAGGCAAAAGAAAAUUACGAAUCGGAAAAUCGUUCGCGUAAAUCAUCAAAAGAUGAAAAUGAUUUAGUUUCGGUAUCGACGCUUGUUGAUAAUGCCACCAAUUCGGUGGGUUUGGGAAAAUAUUUCAAUGCCGAUUGCCAGUCGAAUGAUCACAGCGAUGAAGAGGGUUUGGUUGCAUCUGGUAGCACAUCAGAAGGUAAUAAUUCGGGUGCCGAAGAUCCAAAUCCGAAUCCAAUUGAAGGCAAAAAGAAGUCUGCAUACAGUUUGGCACCAAAUCGCGUUUCAUGCCCAUACUGUCAACGCAUGUUCCCAUGGUCGAGCUCAUUGCGUCGUCAUAUUCUAACACACACUGGACAAAAGCCAUUCAAAUGUUCACAAUGUCCACUUUUAUUUACGACCAAAAGCAAUUGCGAUCGUCAUUUAUUGCGAAAACAUGGUGACGUUGAUACAGCCGUUUCAUUGUAUGUUCCAAUCGAUGAUAUGAUUUUGGAUCCAAUUAAGAAGCCAACACCAGAACCGUUGCCACCAUCACCGCCACCAGCACCACUAUCAGCAACAAAGACAAUUCUCUCAAAUCAACCGACUUUGCCACAAAUUCAAUUGAACAUUCCACCAUUGAAGAAUGACAAUUCGCCAGCAUCAAACACCGAUUUACCAUUUAAAUGUCACUUAUGCGACGGUUCAUUCCAGGACCGUUUUUCGUGUUUGGAUCACAUUAAAGUGUAUCAUUCGCAAGAAUUUGCAUUGCUAUUGGCUAAAGGUGCCAUCGAACCGGAAGAAGAUGUUCAGGCGGCCGUUUCAGCUGAAGAAGAAAAAGAACAAAUUGAGAGCGGUGGCCGUGGCAAAUAUCCAGACUAUGCAAAUCGUAAAGUGAUUUGUGCAUUUUGUGUACGACGCUUUUGGUCAACAGAAGAUUUGCGCCGUCAUAUGCGCACACAUUCCGGUGAGCGUCCAUUUCAAUGUGGCAUUUGUAUGCGUAAAUUUACAUUGAAACACAGCAUGUUGCGUCAUCAAAAGAAACAUGCAAACAAUAUGAAUUCAAAUCAUCAUCAAAGUGCAUCCGAUCUGUCGGAUGAUGAACAACAAAUUUCAACAACGCCACCACCACAGCUACCAAAAUUGGCACCCGAAAAAAUGGCAUCAUUGGCUGAUGCACUGUUGAAAACACAAAAUUUAACCGAAUUAAUUGCCAAGAAAUUUCUAAUGAAUAAAGCAUUGGCCGAACGUGACGAUGGCGACAACAAACGGGCAACAGCAUCUACUGAAGGCGGUCUUGACAGCGAAGAAACAUCGGAAUUAAUUGGAAAUCUAUUGGGAAUCAGCGAUUCAAGCAUCCUCAAUAAAGUUCUAUUGUCAUCGGCGGACGAAGCAGCCAAAUUACUCGGUGUUGAAAAGUAAACAUGAAAAAUGUGUUUAGAUUGGAAUGCAAAACAUAUUGAAUAGUUUAUUUCUAGUCGUUCAGCACUGAAUGAAACGACAACAAAAAAUAAAAACCAAAUGAUGAAAGAAAAAAGUCUUAAUAUCUUAACCAAAUAUAGAAAAAAAAAAUCAACAACCAAAUCCACCCACAUAUCGAACAUUUUGAGUUGAAAUCAAUUUUUUUUAAAGUAUUUUGAACGAUAUGUGCCUUGACAACGAAAUAAAGAGCCUUUUACCAGUAUAAAUUGGAAACAUUUAUGAAAAAAGUGUCUUAUUGAUGAAACUUAUCAAGAAAAAAAAAACAUUUUAACACUUAGAUUCACUAGAGGAAACAAAAUAAAUUUUAAUCAUAGCGAAUAAGAUGAUGCCUUUUUAAUGAUGUUACAGUUACAUUUUGAAAAAAAAAUUAAUAUGGAAAAUUUAAUUCACGGUUUUUAGUUUUUCUGCUUCAUAUUUUGUAAAUAUUUAUUAAGAAUGAUUGUUUAAAAACGCCAUGAUACAAUAAUGCCGAAAAUUUUACUUAAGAUUUAUGAAAAAUCAUUAACAAAAACGUUUCAACAAUUUUAAUUUAUUCCAUUUGAUUUGAACUUGGAUUAUUGGAUUAUUGGAUUCGUACGGGGAGUAUACUAGGUCUACUUUUCAGUAAUAUCCGUAGUUUCUCGUUGCUCAGGUGAUUUGAACUUACCUACAACAUAAAAUAAUGAAACUAAAUAUUAUUAUCGAAAAUUAAACUAAUUUGUAAGAAAAUGCUUUGAAGAAAAAUCGAGCAAAAAUCAUCAUUUAUUGUUGAACAAAAAAAGCAACCAAACAAAAAAAUUAUGGAAAAAUAUGACAAUUUUAAAUUGUGUGGCCUUUUCACGGUGUGGUUUUAGAAAAAUGUUUUUAAUAAAAGCGAAUGGUGACGAAGCGUUUUUUCAGUUGUUGGCGCAUUAGAACAUAAGUAAAAGACAUAUCUAUAUUUAAAAAAAAGAAAAAUAAAGAAAACAUUUUUUAGAGAAUAAAGUCAAUAAAAUAAUACAAAGAUACACUUAUUGAAUGGCUUAUUUGCGUCAACGAAAAAAAAAUUAUAAAAUAAAAAUGAGCAUCCAUCAAAAAGUUUUUAGAAAUGGAAAAAGAAUUGUUCAACACACAUUUACACGCAGAGAAUUUGCCUUGAACAAUAAUAGAAAAAUAAGGGGUUGAAAGAAAGAUAAAGUGAAUAGCCUAUGAUAAAUCCUUAAGAUAGUUUAGCCUUUUUGAAGAAUAAGACGAAACUUGUCAAACAACUGUUGUUGUUUUUGUGUUUGUGUCGCAAACACUGUAAUUUUCUCCCCUUCUUUAUUCCAUUUGUUUCGACUGUAUAUUUAUUCAAACGCAAUCUGGUCUCAAUUCGUUUCGGUUUCUCUUUCGAUUGUACAACAUAAAAUGAGUUUGGUGCGCACUCGCUAAAUAUAUACCUAGUAUAUGUGUGACAUCGAUAAAGGUCAUUCAAUGUAUAUUUAUAUGUAAAAGGUUCAUGUGGUGUAAAUCAGCAGCAGCAGCAAAAGUCAAAAUUAGGCGGUUUUUAGAAUAUUUAUUUCAAUGUGUAAAUUUCGAUUAUUAAGUGCUUAUGUGAAUGGAGUUGAAGUUCAUGACACUCCGAGUGCAAAAUGGCAUUCACACAUAACACGAGAUGAAUUUACAUGUUUUGAUGCCACAGCGUAUGCUGCAUGGAAAUGGUUAUAUUUGGCAUAACAUUUCGUUUAUGAAGAUUCCAUGACGAAUCGCAACUACAAAAUAAAACAGUUUAGAACUGCUCAAAUCCGAGUUGCCAUCAAUUUAAUUCAGUAGAUAAAUAGACGAUAAUACAUAUUAUAUCAUUAUUGAAUGUAGCAAAUUAGAUUAUAAAAAAAUGAAAAAAAAAAAAAACUGUUUACAUUUGCAAAGAGAAAUUUGAGCCUUUAGAAUUUUAGCACUAUAAACACAUAUGCCUUAAACGGAUUAACUCCCCAUAACAUUGUUUUUCAACGGUCUUUCUUGAGUUUGUCGCACAAUUUUUUGCACAUUUUAUAAUCAAUACAUUAAAAUUUGAAUAAAAUAAAAUAAUAAUUUGAGAAAAAAAAAUGCUUUUCCCGAUUUAAAAAAAAAAAGGAAAUCAGUUAAACAAUAUAUGAAUCUACUUAGAAUAUUAGCAUUAUUUAUUAAAUUAGACACAAAAAAAAUGAAAAAUAAUUAAAUGAAUAGAAUUUUGAAAAUUUUAUUAGUAAAUACAGCAUAUUACCAAAGCAAUAAAGCUUUUUGCCUAAAAUCAGCUGAACAUCUCACCGUUUCAUCUUUGACAAUUGCGGCUGUAAUUGCAAUUGCAAAGAUGGAACAUUUUUAAGAUUGAAAAUUAUAAACAUUAAACAUUCCAAUGCACACGGAAACCAAAAUGGUGAAAAAACAAAUUUUUUGGUCAGAAUUACAGUCUUUCAACCAUUCAAUUUUAAGCAUGUUGAAGCAUAGUGUUUAAUAUUAGAAAUUCUAAGUUUAGAAUUCUAUAUAGUGGAUAUAAUAGAUACAUAAACACAUAUAAAUAUUCUAGUCGAUUAGUUUUUUUGGGAGUUUUUGUUUUAAUGCUUGGAAGCCAGUUUCUUUUUUUUUUAUUCAAGCCACACGUUUCAAGCAAACAUUGGCACAUUUUUUUCUAUAUUGCUUUUUUGUUUGAUUGAAAAAAAUGGCCCUUCUUCAUUUUAGUCUACAGCGCAAACCAAUCAAAUCCUUCCAAAGAAAUUAUAAAAAGAAAUCUUUGUAAACGCAUACGAACAACAUUCAUUUUGAUUCCUUCUGCUUUUUUUAAAUCAUCUUUUUUGAAAUUUAUGAAAUUUUGAAUCGCUUCAGUUCCAACAAAGAUAUGAAACUUAUCAUUAUCGAAUAUAUGCCUACUUUUUUUUUAGAUUAUUGUAGAAUGCGAAAUAGCACGAAUGAAUUAAAUCUAUAGAAAAUAGACAGCACGAAAAUGAUUGUGAAAGAAUAGCGUCGAGUUUAAGCCUUUAGUGAAAAAAAUGAACUUGAAACAACAAUAUUGUUGUCAACACACACCCCAUAAAAACAUCUAUAACCGAAUAGCGAAUUAAGUGUGCACGAUUUAGUUUUAAAUAAACUAUCAAUAAAAAAAAAUAAAACGUUCCAACAUGUUUUGCCUUCUGCAAACAUUAUUCUUUGAUCACCGGCGCCAAAAAUACAUAGACAAACCAAAAAUAAUUAAAUAACCAUAGAAUAUCAUAAACAUAUUUAGAGAAAAAAAAUACGAGCAGACAUGAAUUUACAUUUUAUAGUUGAAACAAUAGAUUUGGCCCAUAUCACUUUAAAAUCGAAAAAUAAAUUCGCUCAAAAAUAUUUCAAAUAAAUAAUGAAACAUUAUAUCCGGUGAAAAAAAAAAAAC